AUGCUACAUAGAAUGAACUACAAAUUAAGAAUUUAGCUCAGAAUGACGAGGACUUCCGGACAUUCAUUGAAGAUAAGUAGCUUUGAUCCACUUCAUACAUUCAAAAGUUGCAAUCGAAAAUACAGAUUAGAUCUAAAAGCACUCUUCAUCAUAGAUAAGAGCCUUAAAGUAACAGAAAUAACCAAACUCAUGUUUAUGAAUCAAAUCAAAUGGAACAAGCUCAAUGAACCAGUUAUUUGGAAGUAAAAAUCGGGCAGACCUGCUGUAAAUUUAAAAACUAUUCUAUAAGAUAUAAACCUUCCUAAAAUAGACAUUAAAAUCAAAGGAGUUUACCAGAAUGAACAAUCGGAUUACAAUUCAGUUUCAAAUAUUUAAAAAUACAGUAGCAUCAAAAUAUAAACUUUACAAAGGAGGCAAACAAGGAAUUUAUCAUAGAAUUUGAUAAAAUUACCUAAAUCAAUUAAUACUGUAGUUGCUAAUCCUACAGAAGAGAGAGUUAAUGAAAUUUUCUCCAAAGCUUUCGUUGAAAAUCAAAAUGUUAUUGCACGAUAGAAAACAAUCUUCCAGAAAAUGAAGAGUCCUGAGAAAAUAAAAGAAAAUAUUUCACCAAGAAGAUCUAAUUUAGAUAAUAAUUAAAUGAAUUAUAAUUCUCUCAUAGAUGGAAGACGCAUGGCUAUUCUUGAGGAGGCAUCACCAAAAGAUAAUGAAAGUGAUUAAAGCUUUUACAAAUCAAAUGAGGAUGAAGAUGAUGAGAGUGUUCAUAGCAUGCCUAAAAUAAUGGCUAAAAAUAACUUUAUGGAGUAAAUUGAAAGGGAAAUAAGUAUGAUAAUGAAAGAGGAGAACUUCCUUAAUGAGAAAAGUUAGGCUAUAUCAGCAGGAGGCCCAAUCGAUAAAUAAGAGCUAAAAUUAACAAACUUUGACAUAGCAGCUGCAUUUACUUAAAUCUCAAAUGAUUCUCUGAAAAAGCAAAAAACUAAAUCAAAUGCACUAAAUAUUUAGAAUGAUAGCUCCCUCAUUGAUGAAGAUUUUCAUCAAAACUCAUAAAAUAUGAGAUAAAAUAACUUCUUUUAAAAGUUCAUGACUAAACAUGAAAGAAGUAUUGAAAGAGCUAUAGAAAGGUUAGAUGAAUAAACUAAUACUAAAAUAAAUGCAAAUGUAAAAGCUUAGUUGAUGAACUUUUUGUAACAAAAUAACAUAUAUCGUAAAGCUAAUAGGGAGUUAUUCAAGGAAUUAAAGAUAAAAGGAUAAACAUCUGUAAUGGAAAAUUUUAGUUAAGGGGGCAUUGUUAGAAAACAGGAUCCAAAAGACAUUGAGAAGAUUAGGAAACAAAAUAUGAGGCCAAUUGAAGAGCUUUAAUAUCACGAGAGAUUUUAGGAUAAAAUGAGAAUCAUAUCAAGUAGAGAGAUUAAUAGAUUGAAAGAGCAAAAUUAUGGCAAGUGGUAUAUUAAUCCAAAUGACUUCAACAAGAAAAUAGUAAAGCUAAAUAAGAAAUUUUAGAAUCUAAAUAAAGCCCUUGGUAUAGAUUGA